AUGGAUAACGACUUAUUUGAUGUCUUUUCUGAGGAACCAGCUGUGGUUCCGGAUAUGUCAGACGAAGAAGUCGAAGCAGUCUCAAGCGAGUCCAGCGACUUAACUAAGAGCAAUAAUGUGAAACGUGACAUCUCAGAUAGCGAAGCUAGUGCAGAUGAUAAAUCAAAGAGAGUAAAGCCUAAUAAGCCAACAAAAGCAAAAAAGAAGGAAACAGUGGUUCCUGUUGUGGCAGAUUCUUUCGAACAAGAGGCCUCGAGAGAAGUCGAUGCAUCUGCUGGGUUGACUAACGCAGCCACAACUCAAGUUGAGCAGGAUGGUAAGGUUAGAUUAUCUCAUCAAGUGCGUCAUCAAGUUGCCUUACCUCCAAAUUACGAUUAUAAGCCAAUUGCUGAACAUAAAAGAACAAACGAGGCCAGAACAUAUCCUUUCACUUUAGAUCCAUUCCAAGACACUGCAAUCUCCUGUAUCGAUAGAGGUGAGUCUGUGUUAGUUUCUGCACACACAUCUGCCGGUAAAACUGUCGUUGCAGAAUAUGCGAUUGCUCAAUCCUUGAGAGAAAAGCAAAGAGUCAUUUACACAUCUCCUAUCAAGGCCUUAUCUAACCAAAAGUAUAGAGAAUUGCUAGCAGAAUUUGGAGAUGUUGGUUUAAUGACUGGUGAUAUUACCAUAAAUCCAGAUGCUGGUUGUUUAGUUAUGACAACCGAAAUUUUAAGAAGUAUGCUGUAUAGAGGUAGUGAAGUUAUGAGAGAAGUUGCUUGGGUCGUCUUCGAUGAGGUACACUAUAUGAGGGAUAAGGAACGUGGUGUUGUUUGGGAAGAAACUAUUAUUUUAUUACCUGACAAGGUUCGUUAUGUGUUUUUAUCUGCUACUAUUCCAAAUGCCAUGGAAUUUGCGGAAUGGAUUUGUAAAAUUCAUUCUCAACCGUGCCAUAUUGUCUAUACAAAUUUCCGUCCAACUCCCUUGCAACAUUAUCUAUUUCCUGCUCAUGGUGAUGGUAUUUAUUUAGUUGUAGAUGAAAAAAGUACAUUCAGAGAAGAAAAUUUCCAGAAGGCCAUGGCCUCCAUUAGCAACCAAGUAGGAGAUGAUCCAAACUCUAUUGAUUCAAGAGGUAAAAAGGGCCAGACAUACAAAGGUGGCGCUGCGAAAGGUGAUGCUAAGGGUGAUAUCUACAAAAUUGUUAAAAUGAUUUGGAAAAAAAAAUACAAUCCGGUCAUCGUUUUCUCUUUCAGUAAGAGAGAUUGUGAAGAGCUAGCUUUAAAGAUGUCCAAACUCGAUUUUAAUUCAGAUGAUGAAAAAGACGCCUUAACUAAAAUUUUCAACAAUGCAAUUGCAUUGUUACCAGAAACUGAUAGAGAAUUACCUCAAAUCAAACAUAUUUUACCUCUAUUAAGAAGAGGUAUUGGUAUUCAUCACUCUGGUUUAUUGCCUAUUUUAAAAGAAGUUAUCGAAAUUCUUUUCCAAGAGGGUUUCUUAAAGGUUCUUUUUGCUACAGAGACUUUUUCAAUUGGGUUAAAUAUGCCUGCAAAGACCGUUGUAUUCACAUCUGUUAGAAAAUGGGAUGGUCAGCAAUUCCGUUGGGUAUCUGGUGGUGAAUAUAUUCAAAUGUCGGGCCGAGCUGGUCGUCGUGGUUUAGAUGAUCGUGGUAUUGUUAUCAUGAUGAUUGACGAGAAAAUGGAACCUCAAGUUGCAAAGGGGAUGGUUAAAGGUCAAGCUGACAGAUUAGAUUCUGCUUUCCACCUUGGUUAUAACAUGAUUCUAAAUUUGAUGCGUGUGGAAGGUAUUUCUCCUGAGUUUAUGCUUGAACAUUCAUUCUUUCAAUUCCAAAAUGUCGUAGCUGUACCAGUGAUGGAAAAGAAGUUGAUCGAAAUUGGUAGAGAAGCUGAAUCUAUUCAUAUUGAAGAUGAACAAAAUAUUAAAGAAUACUAUGAAAUACAACAAACACUAAAAGGUUACAACGAAGAUGUUCGCCAUAUCAUGAAUCAUCCUGCCAAUAUACUGAGCUUUUUACAACCUGGUAGAUUAGUAGAGGUUCGUAUUGAUGGGCAAAAUUAUGGCUGGGCCGCGGUCAUUGAUUUCGCUAAAAGAGUGAACAAACGUAAUCCAACUGCUGUUUACACUGAUCACGAAUCAUAUAUUGUCAACGUUGUUGUUAAUACAAUGUAUGUCGAUGCCCCAAUCAAUUUAAUCAAACCUUUCAACCCAACCUUCCCAGAAGGUGUCCGUCCUGCUCAAGAAGGUGAAAAGUCCGUAUGUGCUAUUCUUCCAGUUACUUUGGAGGCCAUCAACUCUGUUGGUAACUUAAGAUUAUUCAUGCCUAAGGAUAUCAGAGCGGGUGGCCAAAAGGAGACAGUGGGUAAAUCUUUACAGGAAGUUAGGCGUAGAUUUCCAAAUGGUAUUCCACUUCUUGAUCCGGUUAAAAAUAUGAAGAUAGAAGACGCUGACUUCCAGAAAUUACUAAGAAAGAUUAAUGUUUUAGAAAAUAAAUUAACUACAAAUCCGUUACAAGGAUCGGUCAAAUUUGACGAAUAUUACAUACAAUACGGUAAAAAACAUAAAUUAAAUGAAGAGAUGAAACAAUUAAAGCACAAAAUCAGUGAGUCUCAAUCGGUAAUCCAGCUAGAUGACUUACGUCGCCGUAAGAGGGUUUUACGUCGUUUAGGUUUCUGCACACCAAAUGAUAUUAUUGAAUUGAAGGGUAGAGUUGCAUGUGAGAUUUCUUCUGGUGAUGAAUUGCUAUUGACAGAAUUGAUUUUCAAUGGUAACUUCAAUGAAUUAAAGCCGGAACAAGCUGCAGCGCUAUUAUCAUGUUUUGCCUUCCAAGAGCGUUGUAAGGAAACUCCAAGAUUAAAGCCAGAACUUUCUGAACCAUUGAAGGCUAUGAGAGAAACAGCUGCUAAGAUUGCUAAAAUUAUGAAAGACUCCAAAAUAGAGGUUGUCGAGAAGGAGUAUGUUGAAAGUUUCAGACAUGAACUGAUGGAAGUUGUUUAUGAAUGGUGUAGAGGUGCAACUUUCACACAAAUAUGUAAAAUGACAGACGUAUAUGAGGGAUCUCUUAUUAGAAUGUUUAAGAGACUAGAAGAACUGGUGAAGGAAUUAAUAGAUGUUGCCAAUACAAUUGGUAACGCAGCCCUCAAAGAAAAAAUGGAAAACGUUGUCAAAUUAAUACAUAGAGACAUUGUCUCUGCUGGUUCGUUGUAUUUAUAG